CGCAUUUAAAUGCUAAAUGAUGAUAUCAAUCACUUUGAAGACUGAAGUAAAUACUUCACUUUCACGGUGAAAAUAGUUUCAGUCCAUUUGGCUUUCCCCAUUUCCAAUAAUACAUCACUAAACCUACUUUCCUAAAUGGUGAAUCUAGAAGUGACUGACGGGGUGAGAUCUAGAAGUAAAAUUUCACUUCACAAUGUAACUAUACUGUAAUUCUUGCAAAUAAUUGAUGACUUAUCCAGCAGAUUGGACCCACAGAAGCUCUGCAGUCAAAAGCCAUAACCAUGAGGAAAAUCUUUAACAGUUUCAUAAAAUUCACAAAUUCAAGUGCUGUAAAAUUUGGACAAUCUCAAUCACUUUCCAACAUCAAAACUGAUUUCUCUCAAAACUGUGCCUUUUUUUAAUCAUUACACGUGUCGGGUUACCAUCUAUGACCAUACAGGAUUAGCUGCCCCAUGCAAUUUGCAACUGCCUUACAGUGUGAGCCUCAAGUGGAAAAUGUCACGUCUCAGUCAUCUCUUCACAAACUCCUUCCAAGAAAGGUACAUGUGAAAUGGUUGGAAGACUAAAGGCGCCCACUUGAGCUGUUUCCUCUACCCCAAAAAAAUUUGAAAAUAGGAAAUUUGUAUUAAUAAAUAAUACAGCUAAUAGCAUCAUCAACAACUCCACAAAUAAAAGUAAACCAUCAACGAUAUUUAUUUUCUCCUUCUCCACUGCUACAUCUUCAUCUUCAUUCUUGAAAACUUUGCAAUCUUUGUCUAGAACUUCGUACAUUUUUUUAUGGAGGAUUUUAGAUCCAAAUCAUACAGGGAUGGAGGGAUGCAGAUGGAGAGUUACUAUGGAGGCAAGGGAGGAGGGCCAAGCAACAUGCAUGACUUGAGGUGUUACAGUGCCAGUUAUGCAAAUUCCGUUCAGCCAAAUCAGCUUGGCAAGGAGAUUGAGAUCAAGAAAAGCAAAAGCUCUUUUGGGUCUUCUUCAAAAAGCUGGAGCUUUAAUGAUCCUGAGCUGCAGAGGAAGAAAAGGGUUGCUAGCUACAAGGUUUAUGCAGUUGAAGGCAAGAUGAAAGGGUCUUUGAGGAAGAGUUUCAGGUGGAUCAAGGACACUUGCACCCAAGUAGUCUAUGGGGAGAGGUGAUCCAUGGGUACUCUCAAGUUUUCUUUUUUUUUUUUUUUAUUUCCUAAUUUUGUUUUGUUCCCUUCGGGGUUUGUGUUUUACCAUGCUGGUGAAUGAUGGAUAAGAACUUGGGAUUUGCGAA